AUGGGGAUUCAAUUUGAGGGUGUUUGUUCCCUUCACUCAUUAAAAUACGCAACGAUGGCCGAGAUCGAAGUCGACCUCUAUGAGGUCCUAGAGAUCCACCGAGGCGCGAGCACAGACGAAAUUCGCAAGGCUUACCGCAAGGCUGCUCUUGCCAACCAUCCCGACAAAGUCCCCGAAGAUGAGCGCCCCGCAGCCGAAGCCAAAUUCAUCAAUGUGCAGAAGGCGUACGAGAUUCUCUCCGACGAUGAUAAACGCCACAUCUACGACACACAUGGCAUGGACGCCUUCAACGGCUCCGGUGAGCCUGGCAUGGGCGGUGGUAUGGGAGGCAUGCCCGCGGGGUUUGAGGAGAUGUUCGCCGAGAUGUUCAGCGGAGGCAUGGGUGGUAUGCCUGGUAUGGGCGGUAUGGGCGGUAUGCCUGGUAUGGGCGGUAUGCCGGGAGGUGGCCGACCCCGGAGAAGCCCAGACGAAGAGCAGGACUAUGAAGUCAGUCUGGAGGAGCUAUACAAGGGCAAGACUGUCAAGUUUGCCAGCACCAAGAACGUCAUUUGCAGCCUGUGCAAGGGGAAGGGUGGAAAGGAGAAGGCCACUGCUAAGAAGUGCUCUACUUGCGACGGCCACGGUCUCCAGGAGGUGAUUACCCAGAUGGGACAGUUCCUGACCAAGCAGACGCGGCCAUGCUCCGUCUGCAAUGGCCAGGGUUCGUUCUUCAGCCCCAAGGACAAGUGCAAGAAGUGCAAGGGAAAGCGGACAACCGAGGAGAAGAAGAUGCUGGAGAUCUACAUUGCUCCUGGUUCCCGUGAGGGAGAGAAGAUUGUCCUGGAAGGCGAGGCCGACCAAAUUCCAGACCGGGAAAAUGGCGACAUCGUUUUCAAGCUGAUCCAGGAGGAGCACGAAGUCUUCGACCGAGCUGGUUCCGAUCUGCGGGCGGCUAUCGACAUCACCCUGGCCGAGGCUUUGACUGGAUUCUCGCGCGUCGUGCUGAAGCAUCUCGAUGGACGUGGUAUUGAGAUCACUCACCCCGCCGGCAAGAUUCUCUCCACAGGACAAGUCCUCAAGGUCCCCGGCGAGGGUAUGCCGAUCAAGCGCAGCGACUCUCGAGGUGACCUUUACUUGGCUGUCAACGUCAAGUUCCCCGAUGAGUCCUGGAAACCCACUCCUGAGGUGCUAGCCAAGCUCCAGGAGUUGCUUCCUAAGCCCGACCCCGCUAUCGAGGCCGCUACCGUUGACGACGUUGAGUACGACCCCAACGGCAAUAUGGACGACUUCGGUGCUCGGGACGCCCAAGGCGGUUCGGCCUGGGUGGAUGAUGAUGACGACGAGGAGCCAGCGCAGUGCGCGGCCCAGUAA